AUCCUCCAUCUCUUUCAUUCAUUCAUGCACCUCCCUGACAACACUCAGGCUUGAUAAUUAAUCACUACCAAGAAUGAUGUACACCUCAUCCUGUCCCUUCUGCGACAUAGCAAGCACAUACCCGCCCGUCGCCCCCUCAACCUUCACCGUUCCGUCAGAGACAACAACACUUAACGAUAGUAGUAACAACGCAAGUCCACCACCCCCAACGACAAUCUCCGACGGAUCUAGAGAAGCCCAUCUUAUCCUGUCGACGAAACAUGUCCUGGCCUUUUUGGAUAUCAUGCCGUUGACGAGGGGCCAUGUGUUGGUUGUGCCAAGGCGGCAUUAUGAGAAGUUGUCGGAGGUGGGGGUGGGGAUGAGUAGGGAGAUCGGCCAAUGGCUCCCCAUCCUUUCCCGAACCGUCCUCAAAACCCUCUUCGGCGAAGACCCAGACAACACCCAAUGGCACUGGAAUGUUGUGCAGAAUAAUGGAGUCCGCGCCGCCCAACAAGUCCCCCACGUGCACUUCCACAUCAUCCCGCGUCCCCCGUCAGAUCCCACGCCCAACGCAGCCAAGGUCAGCUGGGUGAUGUUUGGGCGUGGGCAGCGGGAUGAGCUGGAUGAUGAGGAGGGGGAGGGGUUGGCGAGGUUGUUGCGCGAGGAGUUGGCGAGGGAGGUUCGGCGGGUGAGGGAUGUUGAGGGGGUGGAUUUGGAUUUGGAUUUGGAUUUGGGCUUGUCUGUGGAGGGGAGGGGGAAGGGGAAGCUCUAA